AUGAUUUCACUCGUGCGCAAGGUCCUCUUGUGUGCGGUGUUCCUACUGAGCCUUGUAUGGUAUGGCUCCACGCACUUCUACCGCGACCCGGGGAGCGUCUUCUUCGACAAAACAAGGGCCUUUGAACAACGUUACUCGACAUAUCGCAUGGCUGAGGUUCGGCAGCUGAUUCACGAUUUGAAAGACAAUUCUGGUCAACAGAUUCGUCGAGAAGUUCCCGGGACAAAUGCAAGCCUUUGUGUUACAUCAAGCUCAGUGAGCAGGAAAGGCUCAAGUUAUCUGGAGACUACCAUGGUCAGUCUUCUACACGGCUUGACAGGAGCAGAGAGGAAGGACUUGUACAUCAAUAUCUUGAACGCCGAGAUCAACCCUAGUGAUCACCCUAGUUGGAACGAAGCCUGGCUCCACGACGCCGUCGAUCGUUUCGAAACAUAUUCUUUCAGUGGACCGGAGGAAGAGGAGUACAUCAAAGGGCUUUCGCAGAAGGGAGCGUACGCGGAGAAAGGCAUAUAUGAUUACACGACAGCACUGCGAGGAUGUCUGGAUAGUGGGACUCCAUACAUUGCUUUUGUUGAAGACGACGUUUUGUUCGCCGAUGGCUGGAUGAUGCAAGCGUUGUCUGCUCUCGGCAGGAUACCAGCUUUGGACAACGAGCACCGGCAAUGGCUGUUCAUGCGGCUCUUCAACCAAGAACGAUCUAUGGGAUGGGCUGGGAAAGGAAUUGGCGAAAAUCACGAAUAUCUCAUCAUCUUGGGAAUCGCAUCUGGGGUUCUGCUUGCCAGUAUCGUGCUACGACAGAGAUGGCGCUGGACACGGCGGUAUUUGGAUUUGGAAACGCUGUUCGUCAUCGUCACGAUUCUCAUUCCAGGUCUGGUCAUCCUUUUCUAUCAAUGCGGGAAAGCAUCGCUUCUGCCACGUUCUCCGGGGGUAUUUGAUGAGCCGUUUGGCUGCUGUUCUCAGGCUUUGAUCUUCCCAAGAGAAAGUAUUCCUUUGAUCAUUGAGUACAUGCAAGAACAAAAGAGAGGGCAGUUUGAUCUGAUGUUAGAUCAACUCGCCGCUGAGGUUGGAUAUAGUAGGUAUGCAAUGUAUCCGGUCCAGGCUCAGCAUAUCGGCCUGGAGUCCGCGCGAAUGACGGAGCGUGAUGAGGCUCAAGCCAUUUGGAGUAUGGCUUUUGAGGAUUUGAAGCCAAAUGUGCUGAAGACUGAGCAUCUACGCCUCGCAAGGCUUAGGUAUGGUAGCAGCGAACUAUUCGACGGGACUUCUAGUAAUCUCCCCUGA